AUGGAAAUAUCAGACGAUUUAACGAGAAACUCGCAAAGAAAUCAGGAUAAUUAUUUAGAAGCACUUACGGGAGACGAGUGUCGGCUGUGUUUACAAAAAUCUAAGGAGUCUUGGCCAUUGUUUCAGUCUAAUGACAAUCAAUUGCCUCAAAAAAUUAUGGCUUGUGCUGCGGUACAGAUCCUGGAAGGCGACGGCCUUCCUUCAACAAUCUGCAGCCCAUGCAACCGUCUGCUCGAACUCUCCUACAACUUCAAGCUAACCGUCGAAAAAACCGACUCAAAAUUACGAAGCCUAUCUUACCCAAAACCGAUUAUCGUCUUCACAGAAUCUCUAAGCCACCCUUUGGAAAGCAUCCCCAAGAUAGAAGACCGUCUUAUCAGCCAGAGCCUCGAAAGUUCCCACUUACUGCAACUAAAUAGCAGCAUCGACAACACAAUAAUCUUCCGCGUGGAAGAUCUAAAACCAGAUAAAGACUCUCAAGUUGUUCUUCUAGAAAAACUCGACGAGUUCGACGACCACAUGCAUAACAAGGACUUCUUUCAAAUCAAAACCGACAUCUUGGAGCCUUCCGCCCCAGAAAACUUCAAAGAUUUGGAUAAAAACAGUUUGGAAAAAAAAUCUGAGUCAAUUAACAAAAAAUCUAAUUUGAUGUUCAUCUGCCAUAUUUGUACCGAACAAUUUAAUUGCGUUGAAAAAUUAAAAGAACAUGUUACUACUCAUGAUUCUUUAAAAGGUUCUAAUUCUAAUUGUUGUUCUGAUGAACAGAGUGUUGAUGAUCAUUUAAUUAAUGAUAAUUCUAUUGAUAAUAAUUCUGAUAGUGAAAUUUCUGUUAAUGAUGAUCAUAAUUCAUUAAAUAAUCAUCAUAAUUUAUUAAAUGAUAUUGAUAGUGAUAAUUUAUUAAAUAAUCAAGCUUGUAUUGAUCAAAAUUUGGUUCAAAAUUUUAAAAAUCAAAAUUUGGUUCAAAAUUUAGACACUCAAAAUUUGGAUCAAAAUUUUAAAAAUCAAAAUUUAGAUCAAAAUUUUAAAAAUAAAAAUUUGGUUCAAAAUUUAGACACUCAAAAUUUGGUUCAAAAUUUGGACCAAAAUUUACAAACUCAAAAUUUAGAAGCUCAAAAUUUGGUCGAAAAUUUACAAUCUCAAAAUUUGGAUCAAAAUUUACAAACUCAAAAUUUGAUCAACAAAAAAUCAUCAAAAUACAAAUGUAAAUUUUGUCCUAAGCAAUUUACCUACGAAAAAUCCUAUCAAACCCACGCAAAGUCUCACAAAGACCCUAACCACCAACCAAAUUCUGACGAAGAAGACCAAGACCCAGAAGAUGACCUCCCAGAGGGUCUCCAAUGCUUGCAAUGUGGAAAAUUGUUCGCCACAAAGCGCAAUUUAAAGCGACACAUUUCAACGCACACCGGAGUGAAAUUCAACUGCGAGACUUGCAGCAAAGAAUUCUCCAGGUUGGACAAAUUAAAGGAGCACGAGUACGCUAAGCACUCUGCGGAUUUCACGGACAGUGAUGAAGACAAACCAGAAAAAGAAAGCAAGGAGUUGAAGAAAAACAGACCGCACAAGUGCUCUUUGUGUCCUAAAGCCUUCGCCCAGCAGCAAUCGCUGAACAAUCAUUUGGAAAGGCACAAGAGGGUGAAGGACACCCAGAAGAGGUUCCUCUGUGAUGUCUGCAGCAAAUGCUUUGCUCAGAGUGGCUCUCUGGUGGCUCACAUGAGGACUCACACUGGGGUCAAGCCUUAUGUCUGCAGCGUCUGCUCUAGGGCUUUUACUAAAAGCACUUAUCUUCAGCUGCAUCUAAGGACUCACAGUGGAGAGAAGCCUUAUAUUUGUCAGUACUGCAGCAGGGCUUUUGCUAGGGCUAAUACUCUUGCUAGGCACAUUACUAUGCACACUGGGGAGGCUAAGUAUCAUUGCCAGAUUUGUAGGAAGAGCUUUAGAAGGUUGACUUCUUUGAAUGAACACACUUAUACUCACACUGGCCAGAGGCCUUAUGCUUGCAAAAUUUGUACGAAAAGGUAUAAUAAUGCUGGGAGUCUUUAUGCGCAUACUAAGAAGUGUAAGGCACAAAAUGGCGCGGAGGUUGGUAAGGAGACGCUACCGCUAGAGGGCAAGGCGGUGGAUCCUCUUGCGAUUGAUGAAAGUUUUACGGCGGAUAAUAAAGAGUUUAAAGCUGGGUUUUUUAAUAUUUAUCCUAGUAUGUAA